AUGAGCCAGAAAUCCGGUUCAAACGGCAGCCUAGGCAACUCCAGUAACCCUCGCCCGGGCCAGUCUCCCUUUCCUCCGUCUAAUGCAUUAGUCCGACAAACAACGCAAGGUUCCCAGCGGAGCAAGGGGACACAGCAAAGCCAGUCGUACUCGAGUUCAUACAGCAACAACUUCAAUCGUAACACUGCCAGAUACAGCACCGGAAGAACCGAAGAAAGCUCUCGUUAUAGCCAAGAAUUCAUAGACCCUCCCGAGCGAUCACAAUCGCCUCCCCUUCGGCGGAAACAAGGAGAGGACGACAUCAGAAAGAACUGGGAAGAAAGCAUAUAUGGGUUGUACGGGGACCUCAAAACGCCCAGAGAACCGCCGCCACUACCACAACCACGGCCUCAGCAGGAGCAGCCACGGCGCCGAAGCCAAGAACCAGAACCAGAAGAGGACGAGGGAAAUAAUUCGUUUGACGAGGAAGUUCCACGGCGCACAAACCCGCAAUCGGAACGGCAACGAUCCCGCUACAGCCGCCCCCGUCAGAGUUCCAGGCCGGAGCGACCGGAACCGAGGCGCCGAGCCUCCCGCCAGGAUCGACAGCAAAACGAGCAGCAAGGAGAACAAAAUGAUGACACCAGCUAUCGGCGCGUGCAUGUAAACAUUGAUAUCGGUGGUGGUGGAGAAGGGCGCACGUGGUCCUGGAGUACUGAUGGGCGUGGAGGACCCAAUGUCAACUUCGGAACUCCCUUUGCAGAUACAGGUUUCCCAUUUGGCGGUCGGAAUAACAACGGCAGCAGACUGCCUGUGAAUAUCCCUUUCGGUGGCGGACUUCCCAUCAACCUCCCCUUUGGUUUGUAA